CCAAAAUUCAAUUGUCCUGUUAGCAUGUUACUGGUCUCCUUUAUAACCAGCUUACGUCGUAAACUGGCAGUAAAAAGAAAGAAAAUGAUGCAAGGAGAGACUAAAAUUCUAACACGUGACAGCUGCUAGUUUUCGUCACGCCAGAAAAUUAUUAGAAUUGAAAUACACCAACGUUUGCUUGUCUCACUUUCAGCAACAAUUUAUUUCACUUUAUCUUUGAGCCUAACAAACAUCUAAUUCAACACAAAUACUAAAGAGGUAACAAAUUGUUAGCUUUACUCGGAUACAACUAAGUGGCCUCUAAUUUACUUUAAAAAUCUCAAAGAAUCCCAGCAUGUGUCUUCAAGGAUCACCUGGUCUCCCUGGUCGCAAUGGAUAUAACGGGUCACCAGGUCGUGACGGUCGAGAUGGCGCCAAAAGAGAGAAGGGUGCGGCGGGAAAGCCAGGGUUACGUGGUGCUAAAGGAGAUGUUGGACCAAAAGGAUCUCAUACCAACCACAGAAAUUGGAAACAGUGCGUAUGGAGGGGUGACGACAAUCGGGACUUGGGACUCAUAAAGGUAUUUUGUUCCAUUGGACUCACUGUUGGCCCCUAUUUUCUAAUUUAUAGGAAUGAGUCUUUAACAAGCCAAGAGAUGAUACAGCUGUUCGUGUUGUUUACCAGGGAACCUUUUACUUGGGUGGAUGCAGCGACUGCUGUAACCGCUGGUUUAUCCCCUUCAACGGUGCAGAAUGCAAUGGUCCAAUUUGAUACAACCUUGUGGAUAAGAAAUGAAGUUGAAGAUAACCACAGACCCGGGGCAAUAGAAGGCUACUGUGAAAACAUCCACAAGGGGAGAAUCCGUGUUAGAAUCAACAUUGGAAACUGUGUCGGAUUCGGAGACGCAAACGGACAUAUGCAUACAGGCUGGAAAUCAGUGUCACGUUUGAUUAUCGAAGAAGUCCCCAUCCCUUAGUGACCUGUUGCGUUUAGUUUGUUUGCUUGAAUGCGUAUCUUUUUGUGGGAAUGGCUGUAUCAUUUAGAACAAGUGAGCGAAACCAAUAAUACGUAAGGGAUUCCUGUUUUCUUUACACAAUUUUUCAACCUGAUCAGUGUAGGGUUUUAAAUAAUAAACUCAAAAAUCCUUUCUAGAUUUUAUGUUGACCUGGUUCGUUGCCUUAUAAAAAAAUUAUUUAACGGUAGAAAAACAUUACUCGCCCUUCUGGAAAUCCUAUAGAGAUAAUAUGUCAGGUACUCGACGAAAGUUUUAUAAAAUACUUGAACCAGGUGCAUCUACUUAAGAACUUUUUCAAAAUAUCUCCCAUUUGAUUCGAAGUCAUCUACUUGAAACUAUAAAACCGUCCAAUGAGUCCGUAAUCAAGUUGCGACGAUGCAAAAGAAGGGUAGCCUUAAACGUUAUUUUUCGCUUAGCGUGAUCUCAGAGAAACGCCUGGUUAGUCAAAAUGAAAUAAAGAGACUGAGUUGAUUGAGUACCUUCUGAAAAAAAAAAAUUACGCCAUUGCAUAAGCUCAUUGCCAAUCCAGAUUAUCUUUGUUAUUUCUGUUACGGCUGGGUAUUUGAAUCCACGAAGUUACCACAAAAGAUUAUGUAAUCUAUUGGUUACCAAUAUACAGUAUGUCAAUUAAAAGAAAAUGCACUUCAUAAAAUAGCGUCUUCCUUUAUUGUCUUACCACUCUCCUAUAAGGUGGAGGCUUCAGACGUGGAAAAGUUCCAUCAGUGAUGUUAACGCAAGGAUUGUGGCGGUAAACAGGACUUCUGCGUUACGGAACUGAGUUGCAUCUCGACACAAUCAGUAUUCAAUCCUGUUGUGACUCUGUGAAGAGUGUACGGUACUUGUGCGACAUACUUGUGCAACAUACUUCACAAGGAUUGUGCCCUUCGACAUAACGAUGCUAUGAAAUCAAAGUUGAUACGUUCGUUGGAACGCUUUAGCCUUUUCCCGGCAAUCAUUUAAUAAUACGUUUAAUAACGAUGUUUGAAAUUCGAAAUGAGCAAAAGUGGAAUUUCCAAAUUAACAGUCAAGGAACAUCUCUUGCAAGUGUCAUUAACCAGCAGCACGAUGGCUGGGUAUGAAUUACAGAUGAUUGCGUAACCUUUUACGUCAGUUAUUCGUCAUACCAUAAUUACUCUCGGCAGUGCGUCCAUUUACCUGAGAGAUUAUUUUGUUUUAAACUGUUUUGCCUUCAGCCUGCCUCAUAUGAGUUAGUUUUAACAUUGUACUGAUUCGGGGGUCAGCAUCUAGGAUAAUUUCUGCCUGAAAUACACUGAGAAAAACGAAAAAAAAUUCCAAGUCAAUGGACUUGAAAGCAUUUAGUGGUUGAACAAUUCCACAUUGACCUUCGCAACAAUCGUUCUCUUUGUAGUCUGCCAAGACAAAUAACCCCUGAACUACAGCCAAAGAUUCUAUGAAUCAGCGUAAAGAUAGAAUUGCUGACAUUUUCUGAUAGUUGUGUCGAUCCAUCAUGAUAACCUUUGAUUGAUAACACGCCUCCUUGACAAAAGAAAAAGUCGAACGCUGCAUAUUUUUCCCCUCUGGCGUAUAUUCUUUCAAGUCUAUAUUAGAUUUAACGAAUCACUAAAACAUUUGAAAAAUCCAACAUAUUUGUUCAACAAUCUGCUCAGAACGCCUUCUAACCCAUGAUUUUCAUCGUUUUGCUUGUCUACGACUAGCGAAUAACACUGUUCAACGAAACAUGAAGUCUAUAUAAGUGGACUUAACUUCUUUGGGAAUCAAGACUAACGCAUGCAAAUUGAUUGACAUUCUGUCGAUCAGCUAUAGGCUGUAAAAACGUCUUUUUAAA